UAUAACAAUGGCAACUCCCAAGCAAACCAUAAGUAGCAACACCACCACCAGGGCAACUAGGGGCCGCCAGAAGAUUCAGAUAAAGAAACUCGAGAACGAAAGCAGCCGUCAGGUAACUUUCUCGAAACGCCGCAACGGGUUAUUCAAGAAAGCCAGCGAGCUUUGCGUGUUAUGCGGCGCGAACAUCGGGAUCAUCGUGUUCUCUCCCAAAGGAAAACCGUUUUGCUUUGGCCACCCGAACGUCGACGUGAUACUGGAUCGUUAUCUUAAUGGAAACCCUCUGGAAGACGCUGACAUUGCCUCGUGUUUCGAGGAGUUUAACGAGGAGUGUCGAGAGACGUUGGAGAAACUAGAGGUGGAAAAAGGGCGGACCAAGGAGAUAGAAAAGGAGAAUGAGGAUAAGAGAAACAAGGGAGAGUUUUGGUGGGAUGAGCCUAUUGAUAAUAAUAUGGGGAUUGAGGAACUUGAGACCUAUGCUAAUGCAAUGGAGGAGCUGAGGAAUAAUGUGGCUAACAGGGGUAAUUUACUGAUGGGAGAUGUUUUCGCCGCCACCGCCGCGACUACCACCACUGUGGCUAACCCGAGCGGCUUCGGGAAUGGCUUUGCUGUCCAAAACGGAGGUUUUGCCGUCGGAGAUGGUGACUUUGGUCUUGGUAUUGAAGGUUUUAAUUUCGAUCAUGGUCCUGACUUGGAUUAUUAA